AUGAGUCUUAUCAAAGCUAUCGAUGUUUUGCCAAAGAAGGUAAGUUAUUUUUUUCCAUUGUUGGGCUUUGGUAUCAGAAACAGUAAAAAGACAUGUAGUGCAACACUAUAAGCGGACAUGUUAAAUAUAUUAUGCUUAUACUUUUUUAAAAAGAAGUGGUAAGCCAAUGUAACAGAUCAGAAAACCUUGCUAUUAGGUUGGCUAAUUAUGAAUGACCGCUUUUAAGUAAUUUUAAAAUUAAAUUAUGAAAAGCACUAACAAAGUUAGAUAAAUUAUACAUUUCACCCUGUUUAUUCUAUUUACAUAGAAAGUAACUUUUAACAAAAAAAAACCUUUGCCAAAAUUUUGUUACAUUGUUCAGGAAAUUCAUAAUUAGCCAACCAAAUAUUUCCCUUUAUUGACCGGCCUUAAUUGCCGUUUUAAUAAAUUAUCUUUUAUAUAAGAUAUAAAGAUUGUUUUAAACUCUUUUUUAUAGAUUCGAAACAAAUGGAACGACAGUAUCACUCCAUCGGAUGUGGUUCAUUUUACCGAACCAGUAGACAGCGCCGAAAAGAAUGUUUGGCCAAAAAGCGAAAGUCCAAGCUUAUCAAAACGAUUUUGGAACAAGACGGUAUAUCUGUAAGUUGUCAAAGUUUCAUAUAAAUAGUAAAAGUUAUAAACCGCUUUGAACUAUUGAAGAAAUACAAUUGUCAUAUUUUAAUUAUAAGUGGUAUUACGAAAGAUUUGGCGCCCUAUACACUUAUGAUAACUAGUUUUAUUUAGUUCUGCAAAACGUAUGAUUUGGAACAGCGAACACAGUUACGAGUUGAGACCAACAGUGUCGGACAAGUUAAGGGACAUAUUUGAAGAGAACGGAAUCAGUGAAGACAUAUUCUAUAUGAGGUUAAGGACAGCCCAUAUAAAAGUUAAAAAAGGCAAAUAUCGUUUAGCUGGCACUGAAUUUAUUAGUCAGGAAGAGACUGACUAUCUUUUGGAUGUAUGGAUGGGAUACGACAACUAUCCUCGGGGCAUUACCAGGCUUCUUAAAAAUUGUGUAAACAAACUGAGGAUUUCGUGGAGGCAACGUUACAGAAUGGUAGGUUUUACUAUUUAUUUUAGUUUUUUAUUUUCUUUCUCAAGCCAUUUCAUAUGAGCAGAAAGACUAUAACACAACAUUAUAAACUUAUAAUAACAUUUCAGCCCAACAACACAAUUCACGCGUUUGUCGACAAGGAUGAAUAUGUUUAUGGAUUGAUCAAAGACACAGAACCAACGGUCUUUUCCAAAAAUUUGAAUGACGAGAGCAAAGAAGUAUGUAAGAAGCUCGAAGGCGUUACAUUUUACAACAAAGAUUGUAAAGUAUGUGCUGAUUACGAGCACGUGGUACUGGUCAACUCGGAAAACAAACUUGGCUACAUCAAUUUGAAAACGGCCGAAUACAAGGAAGUUAAGGAUGAGAAUUGUAUCGUGCCAUUCAAAAUCUACAAAUUCGACCAACACAUUCUGCUUUUCAGUGUUGAACAGCAGAUUGUAGUACUCAAUCAAGGCAUGAAGGUUGAGUAUAAGGUAGAGAUUAGUAAUUGUCCGUACAUGUUUGGUACGUCCAGUAUGAAAAUGGUAGUUUUUACUGAAAGAGAUCAACGUACGGUUAAUGUAAGUAUAUAAUAAGAGCUUCAAUUCAUAAAAUGUUUGACUUCUUUAAUAUAACCGCACUAGGUUGAGCAUAUAAACAACAACCAAAAAGUUUUUUUAAUUUAACGUUCUUUAAAAGUAUGUGUUUUACUCAAUUAGUUAAAUUUUAGGUCAUGUACACCGAAAACGACCAAUUGAAAGUACGAAGAAUAUUGAAGUACAAAAAUGAAAUCCGUUACAUUACUGUCAAAACUCCAUACGUCUUUAGUAUCCAUGCUGACAACGAUGACUACUAUUACAUGAAAGCACCGCAAGGUAAUUUUUUUAGUUUUAAAUCAAUGAAACUCAAAUAAUUUCGGACGUUCAAUUAACUUUGUUACUAAUAUGUUUAAUUUAAUUUUGAAAAAUAUAUUGUUAUUUUGGAAAAUCUUAUAAAAAUUUUUUUAAAAAAAUCUUGACUGUAUAAAAUGUGUUGUAGAUGGCCCGUUAUUCGUUGGACGAAAAACGCUGUCUACUUCGUGUGCCAACGACUCUGGUUCUGUGGAUACUCCGAUAGUGACAGUGUUUCCAGCGAACGACAAUGAUUCAGGAUCGUGUACAUGUGAUUUCUUUGAGGCACUUGAGUUUUAG